AAACAUAACCACAAAAAAGGUCUGGCUAACCAGAAGCCAGUAAAAAAUUAAAGUCACUAACCUGAGUAAAAAGAAAGAAUUUUGUGUUCUGUUUAAGCAAUUUUCUUUUAUUAUUAAGUGGAACCUGAAGGGUGACUGAGAAGUUUAAUAUUUUUCACGUGUAGGUAUGGUACACACUCGCCGUAUGGAUUCCACAACAACUACACCUGAGUACGGCCUGCGCCAUCGUACACGGAGUUCUGUUCAGUUGGGUGCAGAUUUGGAAGGUUCAAAUGAAAGCGGCACAGAAAGUGAGGAGGACCACUCAUGGAGUUCACCAGAUAAAACCAAAUCUCUUCCUUGCGUAAGGGAGCUCAAGAGGAGAUAUCCAUCGAAGCGAAUCCGAAAUCGGGCAUUAAAGCAGAGGCACACAUUGUCUGUGUACUCGACUCGUAAAAUGCAUGACACUGAUUCUUGUAAUGGGAACGAAAGUGAAGAUGACAUGUAUUCCUCUAGAGCACGUAAGUCGCGUCAUUUGCGCCAUGCCAGAUCAACGCUGUCGCAAAUCGAAAAACGAACCGCCCUCUCCUUGCGUCCUUUAGGCAGUAAAUGUUAUGCAGAUCCUCACUCACCAAUUACAUACAAUACAGACGACAGCGCUGCAGAGAAAGAUCUACGUCGAAGUACAAGGAAACGAACCAUCAAGUACUCGGAAAUGUCAUGGUUAACGGACAGCCAGAUGCCCAAAGUUGGCUAUCCGAGUUUUCGAAUUGCGUACUCUGAAGAAGACAGUCGUGAGGCUGAGAAUGAAGAGUGUUUAAAUACGAAGUCUCACAAGCGAAUGUACGAAACCAGACGCACUACGCGUUUGUCAAAUGGAGUUGAGGAUGGCAAGAAAAGCGCCAAGUACUUAUAUACGUUUAAAAACACAAGCGCUCAGAAUGCGCGCAGUAGACAGCAUCGAAUCGAUAACGAAAAGGCGGCCGAUGAGAAGCAAAAAGUUGAAAAAGAGUCCAACGAAAAUAAAGAGAAUAAUGUCACCAAUGGCAGAUUAAGAGAAGGCAAAGUGAAGGUAGAGCCCGACGAAAAAGAAGAUAGUGAAAAUGACGAUGUGGACGAAGCAAAGGAGGAGGAACAAAAAAUUGAUGAACAUAAGAGUAUGAAUGAUAGUACAGAUCGUGAUUGUAGCGAAGACGAACAGGACUCGUCGGGUAGUGAAGAAAUAAGAAAUGUACGAAAGCGUCGAAUUAUUAAUCGUAUCGAGUCCCCAAAACGUAGAAAUCGUAAACGUUCAGAAACUUCCAGUUCAUCUGAGGUAAAUAGAGUGUACUCAUUAAGGCAGCGUGCUCCGAAACCUUCAAACAAACCAAAACCAUUCAAUAAAGUACUUUCAGAAAUAGAACAAGCUUUAAGUCCAAGACGAAGAAGAUUCGCAAGACGGAAAGCUUCACCUGACUCAAGCUCAAGCUCAUCGUCCGACUCUGAAGUAGCUCGCAAAUCGAAAUAUAGAUCAAACAACUCAAAGAAUCUGCAUUCCAAAAAUGAUCAUUUGAUAAAAUCAGGCGCUGGUUCAAACAAACCACUACCAAUUGGCCCAGAAACGAUUGACAAUAGCGUCAGAUUUAGCAGCGUCGGUGGAUUAGAUUCGCACGUGCAGUGCCUGAAAGAGAUGAUUUUAUUGCCCAUGAUGUAUCCUGAAGUGUUCAAGCAGUUUCAAAUUGAACCACCUCGCGGUGUCUUAUUCCACGGGCCUCCAGGCACGGGAAAAACACUAAUUGCGAGAGCUUUAGCUAAUGAGUGCAGCUUCGGAUCUCGCAAGGUCUCGUUCUUUUUACGUAAAGGUGCAGAUUUACUGAGCAAGUGGGUUGGAGAGUCGGAGAGGCAGUUGCGAAUGCUAUUUGAGCAGGCUCAGGAGAUAAAGCCCUCUAUAAUAUUUUUUGACGAAUUAGACGGAUUAGCUCCAGUGCGUUCUUCUAGACAGGAUCAAAUACACGCCAGCAUUGUCUCCACUCUGCUGGCAUUAAUGGAUGGUUUAGAUAAUAGGGGUGAGGUAAUUGUUAUAGGGGCGACGAAUCGAAUUGAUGCCAUUGAUCCUGCCUUGCGCAGGCCGGGGAGAUUCGAUCGGGAACUGUUUUUUCCACUUCCUUCCCAACAGGAACGGUUGGAAAUUUUAAAUGUACAUGUGUCUCAAUGGUCGGAUCGUCCGAGCCAGGAGCUUCUGUCUUAUUUGGCUGAACAGGCUGUCGGAUACUGUGGAUCUGAUUUGAGAGCUUUGUGCUCGGAAGCCGUCAUUCAAAGUUUUCGCAGAACCUAUCCUCAAGUGUAUGCAGCAGAUCACCGUCUACUUUUAGAUCCAAAAUGUGUUAAGGUAAACAAAGUAGAUUUUUUGAGAGCAAAGUCGCUGUUAGUACCUGCUUCGCAUAGAAUCUCUAAUACUUUAGGAAAGAAAUUGCUUCCAGUUUUAGAGCCUAUAUUAGGUGAAUCAUUCAAGAAUGCCUUAAGCUUUUUGAAGGAAUCCUUUCCACAUGGUCUAGAUCCAGUAUUAGCAAAGGUAAAACUGUCAGCCGGGUAUAGACCUGCGCAGUUAUUGUUAGUUGGUGAUGGCGGACAGCACGGCCAAACUUCAUAUUUAGCGCCCGCAAUUCUACAUCGCAUGGAACAUAUUCACGCUUAUGUGCUUGAUUUGAAUAUGUUGUACCGCGAAUCGGCGCGUUCGCCCGAAGAGGCCUGCAUUCAGGUAUUCGGGGAAGCAAAAAGAAAUAUUCCCAGUGUGAUAUACAUUCCAAAUAUUGACCAGCUAUGGAGCUUAGUUCACGAAACUGUCAAGGCCAUAUUUUUAUCAUCGCUACAGCAUAUGGAUACCAACAUCCCUAUUCUUCUGUUGGCUACCGCUGAUGUGCAAUUUGAAAAUUUACCUGAGGAACUUCAGGAUGUUUUCUCCCGUUAUCGCAAGGAGGUGUAUCAAUUAAAUGCUCCAGAUGAGAACGCACGAACUGCAUUCUUUAAACCUCUCCUUAUUGAUGCUUGUAUGAAACAAGUUAAGCCCCCUAGGAAAAGAGCAACAACUCCACCGCCUCUUCCAAGAGCACCCACUCCUCCACCGCUUCCAUUGACUGGAGAUCACGCUAGAAAGUUGUAUGAACAAGAAGAGCAUACUUUACGAGAGCUUCGAAUAUUUCUCCGUGACAUGUGCAAAAAAUUGGCCAAUAACAAACUAUUUUUCAUGUUUACAAAACCUGUGGAUACCGAGGAAGUACCAGAUUACACCUCUAUCAUAAAGCAGCCGAUGGACUUAGAAACAAUGAUGACAAAGCUGGACUUUCAUCGCUACGAAUGCGCAAAAGACUUUUUAAAUGAUAUAGAGUUAAUAGUUCAGAAUGCCUUGGAAUAUAAUCCGGCCAAGACCUCCGCCGAUAAACAAAUUCGCCACAGGGCUUGCUCAUUACGCGAUUACGCUCAUGCUUUAAUAAAAAACGAAAUGGACACCGACUUUGAGGACAAAUGCCAAAAGAUAUCGAAGGAGAGAGUGUCUAGGAAAGCGAGUGUAUCUCAGUAUUUGCCCGCAUAUAUUAUUACCGCUGAAAACAAGGGAUUGCGCCCUGUGGAAGCAGACGGUGAACCACAACAAGUAGAAGAAUGUCCACCGACAACACCGGUUGAAACACCUGAGAAGCGGAGUUCCCCUGUUAUGAGUGGUUCAGUUCGUAAGCGAAAAUUUCAAAGUUGUUGGAGAAAUGGCUAUUUAGCAAAGAAGAGAAAACGAAGGGAAAAGACAAGUGUUGCAAAUGAUUCAACAGAAGAACAGAAUGAUACACUCAAAGAGAAGGAUACUUCUCCGAUGUCAACCAUGGAUGACAGCUCCAUUACUUUUGGUAGUCAACCAGACAACAGAAGAAGCUCCGUUACCACUCCUCUAACUGUCAACUGUGGCAAUGCAAAAGCCCUUGAAUCUCCCACUUGCAGGCGGGUGAUGAAUACCUCAUUAUUAAGUCCAUCUGAACUUUUGGAUGAUCAUUUAGAUUUUGAUGAUAUUGAUAAAGCAUUGUAUGAAUGUGUAAGGGAAGAAAAUUGUACAGAGAAUUUGAAGAUAGAUGUAAGCAAGCACGCAUUAGAGGACAUUUUGGAGGAAGUGGUCGAGUUGACUGUCGACAAGCCCCUUCGAUCUUUAUUAGACCUUCAUAGUAAUUUAAGCAGAAUACUUAGAAGAUAUUCAAGGACCACCGACAGAGAAUCAUUACCAAAGGACUUACGGGUAGAAUUAGAGAGGUACCGAAAUGAGUUGAGUUAUAGCGAAUUACCUCCGGAGUAAUGUGUUCAUUAUCACUGCCUCUGCUAAGCUAAUUCUAUUUAUCACUACUUAAAAUUGUACAUUUUUUUAAUUGAUAAAUUUUUUUAUUUAUAAAAUUGAAUUUCACUCUU